AUGGCCGCCAAGGUCGUCGCGGGGUGCCGCCGCACCAUCAUUUUUGUUCCAUUUCCAGCGCAGGGCCACAUCAACCCGAUGCUGCGCCUGGCGCGCACCCUCGUGGACCAUGGGGACUACGUCUCAGUCACCGUAGCCAUACCCGACUUCAUCCACCGCCGCAUGGGGCAGCUCUCCAUCCCUAGGGUGGCUCUCGUCUCCGUACCCAGCGGCCUCCAGGACGACGGCGACGGUGAGCCCCCAGGACCCCCAAGCUUCCUGCACGCCAUGGAGCACUACAUGCCGGCUCAACUGGAGGGCAUGCUGAUGACAGAGCGCGACAUCGUCUCUUGCCUAGUUAUCGACCUCUUGGCGUCGUGGGCGAUACCCGUGGCCGCGCGCCUCGGCCUGCCGGUGGUCGGCUUCUGGGUAGGGAUGUUGGCAACCUACCGCACCGUGGCGGUAAUCCCGGAGCUUGUGGACAAGGGCCUCAUUUCAGAAUCUGGUACCAUAAUAUCAUCUGACCACAUCGACAGCGGCCAUUGCAACAUACACAAGAACAUUGCAGAUCUCCACAUAUUGCCCGCAAAGUUAAAACUGAGAUUCAAAGAUCUUCCAUGGCUCAUCAGCAGUAGCGCAGUAUCCCGGAAAUCAAGAUUAGCCUUCUGCUUACAAAUAGUAAACCGUACGAAAGACAUCCGCUCCAUCCUCAUCAACUCCUUGUACUGUGAAGGCGGUGACUCUGACCUGUACGAUCUGCCACAGGGUCAGGAAAUCCUCCCUGUUGGGCCGUUAUUGUUCGACGACGACGGCUGGAAGAAGAUGACUGCAAUGUGGCGGACUGACCAGACAUGCAUUGAUUGGUUGGACAAGCAGAGUGUUGGGUCAGUGAUCUAUGUUUCAUUUGGAAGCUGGGCUGCACCUAUCGGACCUGAGAAGAUAAGCGGAUUCGCGCGUGGUUUGGAGGCCUCGGGCCGCCCGUUCUUGUGGGCUCUCAAGAACCACCCAUCAUGGAGAGCAGGCCUCCCUGACGGGUACAUGGAGAAGGUCGCCUGCCGUGGCAAGAUUGUCGCCUGGGCACCGCAGGAUGACAUUCUUAAGCACAGGGCGGUGGGGUGCUAUAUCACGCACUGUGGCUGGAACUCGGUGCUGGAAGCUUUACGCCAUGGGGUUCGCAUGAUAUGCUACCCGAUCUCCUCGGACCAUUUCAUCAACUGCGCAUACGUAGUUCACAUGUGGGAGGUUGGGAUUGCGCUGGAUAGCAGUGACCAGAGCAAUGUGAAAGAAUGCAUCGGAAGAGUCAUGGAAGGCGAAGAGGGAAGGCAUUUGCGGCAAAUGGUUGACAAACUGAGAAAAACAAUCACUGUUGGUGAGGCAAUGUGUGUUGCCAAGAGGAGCCUCAGCUUGUUCAUGUGGAGAAUCAAGAACAAUGCAAUUGGCUAGAUGAAGACAUCAGAAGAGAUCAAGUAACACCACAAAAAAAAUAAUGAUGGUCCAUAUAUCCCAAGAUUUUUUAUCUUGGAGUCCAGUUAGUUGAUAAUAAUGCCCCUAUUUGUAUUGUUUUGCUUGCCAUGUAAUCCACAUGUGCCCAACAGACCAUUAAAGUUGAGGCACUUUAUAACAAGAUGUAUGGUCAACAACUUCCAUAAGCUGUCUUUCCCCUUAGUUGUGCGAAUAAUUUUGUUCCUCUUGAGAUAAA